AUGGCAGAGGCAUAUCAAGAAGUCGAAAAGCGCAUUACCGAGGCCUGCGAUUCUAUUAAAGGCCAAAAAAAGCCGAAUUUCGCGUGUUUAGCCCGUGAUUUUAACGUGCCAAAAUUCAAGGUACUUAAUAAUUAUAUUAUCCGAUAUGGUGGUGACACCUCAGAUAAGCGAAGCUUUUUCCGCAACAUCGCACAAGCUCGCGAAGACGCCUUUCAAGGAUCUAAAUUCGUGAAUCAUUUAAAAAUUGCGGAAUUUGGCCUUUUAAUCCUGAUCAACGAAAACAAGACUCCUCCACUAGAAGUAUCAAGUCCACUCGAUUCACCAUCGCGAACACCUAGAAGCACACAGCGAAGUAUUAACAAGAUUUACAAGUAUCUUGACUCUGAAAACAAAAUCACACCAGGCUUUCAACGUCGGAUUAAACGAGCGCUUACCCGAAGUAUUGCAACCUCAAAUCUCCUUCCUGUUCAACGUGAGCUUACAACAGCUAUCGGCUAUAAAGAACAACGUGAGCAGCCUAAAACAAGGCAACAGAUCUCAUCUACCGGUGCAUUAGAAUCUCGUCACGCAAAACGCAAAAUUAAGGAUAGGGCAGCUCAAGAAAGGCUUACUCAGGCACGUCGGGAGAAGAAACAAGCAGAUAAACAGGCCGAGCAACAACUUAAAAACGAGGAGGAGCUUGCGAAAAAGAGAUCAGGUGAAAUACUACCUCCUGACAAUCCUGUUGAUUUACUUUUUUGGUAUGAUACGGUCGGGGAUCCUGUAUAA